CUGAGGGAACGCGCUUGGUUAAGGCACGCGCCAGGCAGUGUAGUUGUGUCGCAGAUUUUUUUAAAUUCGGAAAGAGAAUACAAAAUACUGCUCAAUAAUCCACCGUACUUACAUAGGAAGAAGUAACCAAGAUUCCAUUACUGUAGUGAAGUGUAAUAGAGCAAACAGCAAUCGUGUUUUAUCGCUGUAAGGAGUUUGCUUUUGGAAAGAACGAGAACCUAGGAGCCGAGAUACACAUCGUAUCUUCUGUUUUGAGCGUCCGUUUAGGACAGAGCGAUGGAACUGUCUUCUUUAGGCGAGCAAGUGUUUGCAGUUGAAUCAAUAACCAAGAAGAGAGUCAGAAAGGGUAAUGUGGAAUAUUUAUUGAAAUGGCAGGGAUGGCCACCCAAAUACAGCACCUGGGAACCAGAGGACCACAUACUGGACCCACGCCUGGUCCUGGCUUACGAAGAGAAGGAGAAGAAGGAGCGCGCCCUGGCCUACCGCAGGAAAGGACUCCGACCACGGAGGCUUAUCUUGCGGAAUAUCUAUGCCAUGGAUCUCCGUAGUUCCCAUAAAGUCCCAGAUAAGCCGACCCCUCGUCUGCGCCUCUCCCUAACCCGCUCCGUGGGCCCAGAGCUGGGCAAAGGCAGUCAGCCAUACAGGGCAGGAGAAAGACGGAGCAUCUACCGCCGAUUCACUGGAUGUAAGAAACAGAGGGUGUCCAAACCUGUGCCUGACAAAAAUUCCCCCCAACCACUGACCCACGUGGACCAUGAGUGGGAAGGCGCUGAGGAGGAGGAAAUGGAGUCAGAGACACACGAAGACAGUCUUUUUGGCCGUAGCAUGUCUGAGUGCAGCUCUUCCUUGAUGGAUCAGGACAUGGAUGAUUCAACUGACAGAGUGGAGAGCUGUAGCAACUCGUCACUGUGCUCUGGAGAUCAAACACUGGGGGGCAGGGCCUUAUUGUUAUUGGGGACAGGGGAAGUGGUUGUGACCGGUGGGCCAGAGGGCAGGACCUCUGAAAAUGAACAGAAACUAAUGGAUGUGAGUAACCAGUCAGAGUGCUGUUAUUCUCCGGAGGGACCAAAACACCUUGACGUUAGCAACAGGUUGGUGAAUAGCACCGCAGAAAUUAAACUGAGGACCGAUUCUAUGAUUGACAGAGUAGCGGUGAUAACACAAGCUCCGACCGAUGGGGGUCAAAGGUUAUCGGUGGAGGGCAGGCACGAGGCCACAGCGGCUGACUUACUGGUGUGUAGCGAUGUUAAGAAAGCGGUGGAUAGGGACAGGAACGAGCAGCGUGACGGGGUUUUGAUACAGCGCCCAGACAGGGAUGACGCAGAAGUACUCCCGGGCAAAGUGAUCGUGACCAAAGUGACUGUCAACUCUUUGACCGUCGUUUUCCAAGAGGCCUCGGAUGCUGAAGGGUUUUUCAGAGGCUGAAGGGUUUUUCAGAGGCUGAAGGGCUUUUUAGAGGCUGAAGGGCUUUUUAGAGGCUGGAGGGUUUUUUAGAGGCUGAAGGGCACGUGUUGUAGGGAAGUGUGGAGACCAUGUAAGACUAACAUGAAAUGCAACCCGUAUGUUUCAUUUACCACUUUGGAUAAACAACGAUCACACACGUCCACACCGGUGAGGAGAAAACUAGUGCACUUGCUGAUUGUCUCCAAGUUGGCCCCCAAGGCACUGGAGCAUUGCUUCCUUAUGUGCUCAUAUGUUGUGAUGGCAGCUCUCACAUUGCCUGAAACAAAAUCAUCCCAGCAAACAUGUACAUCACGCUGGCAUUGAUGUAGACCCAGUGCUGGUUAAAACAUGGAUCCCAUUGGGCCAGUGCGCAUGUCUCAUCCACUGCGUAUUGGCCGCAAGGGCAGCCCUCACAGCACUGAGCCCGCCCUUUUGGAUCAACAGCCCAGUGCGUUAGAAAGACAUUCAUGUUGCGACUAUAAUACAGUUCAUGUUUUUUUGUUUUUACCAGAGAAGCUUGAGUACAUGUCACAUCUACUCUUGUUUUUUUUUCCAGGCUUCAUCACUGGUAGUGAACUAUACUCUCAAUUAAAUUGUGUAUAUAUACAAUUCUAAAUAGAAAAAGGUGACUUGGAAAUGUCUUUGAAGUCCCAAAUCUUUGUUGGUUUAAAUGGUACCAGCUGACCUGUCCAGGAUUUAGUGGGCUAGCCUGUGUAGGGCUGCUGUUUGCUAACCACUGUCAGGUUGGUGUUGGGUUGGUGGGGCUAGUCUGUGUAGGGCUGGUUUUUGCUGGCAUCUGUGAGGCUGGUGUUAGGUUGGUGGGGCUAGUCUGUGUAGGGCUGGUGUUGGCUGGCCGCUGUGUGGCUGGUUUUGAUGUGUGUAUGACUGAUGUGGACUUGGUGUGGGCUAGCCCGUGCUGGGCAGCCUACCCAGUACCCAUGUUAGGGUUAAUGAUGUCUUGUUUGCUGUAAGUAAAUUAAUACCCAUUACUAUCGUUGUAGUGAUGAAUUGUACUUUAGAGCAUUAUGUGGCAAUUGAUAUGUUGCGUUUGGUUCUGAGAAGAUGAGUGCUAAGAUAAAGGAUGAGUGAGAGGGAGGUGGACUCAUGAAUGUCAUAUAUUUAUAACAUUGCUUCUACUCCACAGUCCGUUGGCCCAGGAUAUACUCAUUUCCAGAUGUGUAAUGGGCCUGAUUUCAGUUGCUGUUUUUGCAACACCUUUUUUUUAUUUUAGUUUUUGUAUGAAGUCAACUGUCUUCCUCAGUAUUAACUGUCAGUUCUGCAUGUCCUGUCAGUCACGCACACCAUUGUUCGUUUUAUUUGAGUAAAUUUUUUACAUUUUUUUCUACGGAUAAAUAAAAAUAGAAACUAAAUAAGGACUGUGUGGACGAAUAGAAGUUCAGCAUUUCAAAAGGAUAGCUGGCAGCAUGGAAAUAUUUAGUUGUUAACUUUAUUUUACUUCUCAGAGACUAAUCCACCUGAUUUCUAUUUUUAUAUUACCAACUGGUAGUCCGACCCUCUCGUUAAGCUGUUUUGAGGAGAUUCGUUUUCACUACUCAUUCCAAAAAAAAUUGUAGGGCUCAUUUCAGCUGCUCCUUUUUCUAACGCUUUUGUAUAAUGUUGACUGUCUUCCGCAGUAUUAAUAAUGUCCUGUAAGUCACCCAUGCACAUCCUGAACAUUACAUUUGUUUAGGAUUUUUAUUUCUCGAACAUAGAAAAAUAAAACAGUGUGGAGGAAUGUCUAAAGGCACAGAAGUUCAGCAUUUCAAGAAGAAAGCUGCUUGCAUUGUAUUGUUGUUUUUCCUUGUGUUCACUUAAAGUAAAACAAAAAACUACCUGGUUCUAUUUUUGUAUUACCUUGAUAGUCCAACCCCACCUGCUAAGCUGUUGUGCAUUUCAGAAUAGAUAUCGGUUUACACCACUGUUACAGUAGGAAAUGUGGAAACUGAACUUACUGUACUGUACUUGGUCUUGUAUUUGUUGCAUGUCACUUGUAAAAGCUACAUUAAAUUAUGUCACAUGUUGAAAAAUGAA